AUGGCAAAGCCGGGCGUUUCAAAGAAGAACAGACAACCCUCUAAGCACUCGAGAGCCGCGAGGCGUGCAACCGAUGUGGACAUCGACACCGACAAGUCUCUCAAGGAUGUGAAGCCCCCGUCCGCAACGACCGAACGGCCGUCCGUCCUGGCCGCCCACCACAACUCUGGCGUUUCCAAGAAGACGAAUAACCGCAAGUCGCAAAUGAGCGCCAAGGCGAAGAAGAGGAACGAGAAGGCCAUGGAUCGCGCCGAGGCCAUCAUGGACAGAACCUCCAAUAAGAGGGAGAAGAGCAAGAACUCUUCGCGCACGAUCCAGGCGCGGAGGAAGGGCUGGGAGGACAUCAACAAGAACAUUCCCCAGAAGAAGUUCCCCGACGAGGAGGACUUGGAGCAGGAGGAGAUGAAAGCCAGACAACAAGUCGCUGCCGAGAAGGACUGGGAGACGGACGAGGAGAUGGAGGGUGCCGAUGAGGAGGUUGCGUCUACGACCGCCGCUGCCCAGGCACCGCCACCACAAAAUGACGAUAUCGAUGAGGAAAUCUUGUAG